AUGGCCUCAGUGGCUGCGUCUAACUGGGGUCUGAUCAUGAACAUUGUGAACAGCAUUGUGGGGGUCAGUGUGCUCACCAUGCCCUUCUGCUUUAAACAGUGUGGAAUUAUUCUGGGAGCCCUACUGUUGAUUUUCUGUUCCUGGAUGACACACCAGUCCUGCAUGUUCUUAGUGAAAUCAGCCAGCCUUAGCAAACGCAGGACCUAUGCAGGCUUAGCAUUUCAUGCCUAUGGAAAAGCAGGAAAAAUGCUGGUGGAGACCAGUAUGAUUGGGCUGAUGUUGGGAACCUGCAUUGCCUUCUAUGUUGUCAUUGGUGAUUUGGGGUCAAACUUCUUUGCUCGGUUGCUUGGAUUUGAGGUAACUGGAAGCUUCCGGAUAUUCUUACUUUUUGUUGUCUCCUUGUGCAUUGUCCUUCCAUUGAGCCUCCAGAGGAACAUGAUGGCUUCCAUACAGUCGUUUAGUGCCAUGGCUCUCAUCUUCUACACAGUGUUUAUGUUUGUGAUAGUACUGUCUUCUCUCAAACAUGGCCUUUUUGGUGGGCAGUGGCUGGAGCUGGUUAGUUACACCCGUUGGGAGGGCAUUUUUCGUUGCAUUCCUAUCUUUGGCAUGUCUUUUGCCUGCCAGUCCCAGGUUCUGCCUACCUAUGACAGCCUAGAUGAACCAUCAGUUAAAAUAAUGAGCUCCAUAUUUGCUUCAUCACUUAAUGUGGUCACCACUUUUUACAUUAUGGUAGGAUUUUUUGGCUAUGUCAGCUUUACAGAAACUAUUGCUGGUAAUGUGUUAAUGAACUUCCCUUCCAAUCUGGUGACUGAGAUGAUUCGAGUGGGAUUUAUGAUGUCAGUGGCUGUUGGGUUUCCCAUGAUGAUUCUGCCAUGCAGACAAGCUUUGAAUACUCUUCUCUUUGAGCAGCAGCAAAAAGAUGGUACCUUUGCGGCUGGAGGUUAUAUGCCCCCUCUACGGUUUAAGGCUCUCACUCUUGGAAUCGUGUUUGGAACCAUGGUUGGUGGAAUCAUGAUCCCAAAUGUGGAGACGAUCCUAGGCCUUACAGGUGCUACAAUGGGAAGUCUCAUCUGUUUCAUCUGUCCUGCUCUUAUUUAUAAGAAAAUCCAUAAGAAUGGCCUUUCCUCACAGUUCAUUCUGUGGAUAGGCUUGGGAAUUCUGCUAAUUAGUACCUAUACUACCCUGUCUGUGAGUGAGGAGGCCCCUGUGAAAGUUGAAGCUCCUGGUCAUUUUGGAGAAGUAAAAAAUCUGAUGGAUUCAGAUUCUGCCAAAAUAUCAGUCCAGAACCCAGUUGUUGAAGUGGCCAAGGACAGCCGUGAUAAGCUGAAACUGCCGAAUAAGAAAGAUGAAGUGGAGCCACCUCAGAUCAAAGGUCCUGUGAAUGUGCCCCAAAGGGAUGAGCACAAGGAGAAACAGGAGGAGGUGCAACUUGAUCGUCCUGAUCAAGGUAUUGCUUUACCUGUGGGAGACCACCGCCAUGAGCCUCCAGUGCCACGAGAUGAAGUUGUGGUAGAUGAGGGUCAAGACAGAGAACCAGAGGAAGAGAAACUCCCAUCCAAAGGCACUAAUGUAAAAGCCCUAGGGGGAAAGAAGGACCAGGCAAAUUCUGAAAAAGAAGAAAAUGAGCCACAGAACAAAGAAGAAGAGGGGGAUCAAGCCUCAAAAAAACUGGACAAUUCUGAAGAUCUCCCAAAGAUCCUGGAACCAAAGGGCCAACCAGCCAUUCAGCCAGCAUAUGAAGAUGACCUAAGACCAGGCAAUAAAGAUCUCCAGCCAGAGGCCCAGGUUGUAAUUUCCAAUGACCAAAAGAAAGCCAGUAUUGUAGGUGAAAGGGAGAACGCAAACAACGUUCAAUUGCCAGGAAAAGUAGAGGAGAUUAUUAAAUCCAUGGAAAAGAUUGAUACUGGUGGGAAGGCUCUUCUCCCCCCAGAGAAACCAGAUCUGAUCGAAGGACAGAAGCCUGAGCUGAGAGAGAUAAGAAAUGCAGAAGGGCAACAGGAAGAUAACCCAGGCAGCAAGUUAGAAGCUGAGAUUAAAAAGCUAGUAGCAGAAGCUGGCAAGGCAGAAAUGCUUGAUCAUGCGGUCCUGUUGCAAGUAAUUAAAGAACAGCAGGUGCAGCAAAAGCGACUGCUGGACCAGCAGGAGAAGCUACUUGCUGUGAUUGAGGAGCAACACAAGGAAAUCCACCAGCAGAGGCAAGAAGAAGAUGAUGAUAAGUCAAGGCAAGAAAUGCAACCUGAAGCAGGUGGUGGCAUUCCUGUGAGUAUAGAGAAGGAAAGUCAAGACUCAAAAGUUGGGGAACCACUCAAGAAUGCUCUUAAACAGGGUUUAGAAGCUCCAGCCCAUCCCAGAGAGCAGCAGCAGCAUCCUGGUGAGGAGCCCGAUGGGACUUUGGUGAAAAAUAAAGCUACUUCUUCUAGCAUCAUCGCUGGCCCAGAGCCCCAGGUUCCCAAGGCCAGGCCACAGGACAGCAGGAAGGAUAAUGUUCAUCCUGAAGUAG